AUGAAGUCAUUAUUAAAAGGGGUAGAAUCACCGAUCAUAGGGUUGGCAUUAUUGAAUUCAAUUUUAUUUGCAUCUUAUGGAGGAAUUAUAAGAGCUUUUGAAAAAUACGAUGGUAAAUCACCAUUUGUUCCAACAUUGUCUCAAGUUUAUUUUGCAGGAUUCGGUGCUGGCAUUGCUUGUUUCUUAGCAAGUACUCCAACUGAAUUGGUUAAAUGCAGAACUCAAGCUGUUGUUAAUUCUUCCACUUGGAAUGUCUUCAAAUCCAUCUUAUUCACCCAAGGAAUCAGAGGAUUUUACCAUGGAGCGCUUAUUACAAUUAUCCGGGAUGCACCAGGAUAUGGUGUUUAUUUUUGGGCAUACGAAGGAUUGAAAAGGGUAUUAGGAGUAACCAUGGCUAAUUCUAGCGAAAAUGUCAUAAAGCUAUUAUUUGCUGGUGGAAUGGCCGGAAUAUUAUCUUGGAGUAGUAUUUAUCCGUUAGACGUCAUCAAAUCCCGAUUACAAACGCAAAUAAGUCUUCCACCAUCGUCAAUGAAUCUGAACUCGAUAUUAACGUUAAACCCACAUUUGGAAGAAUUAGCACCACUUGUGAGCGAAAAUAGACCUUAUUACAAUGGUAUAAUUGAUUGUACUAUAAAAUCUUACCGUGCUGAAGGAAUUUCCGUGUUUUUUAGAGGAAUAACGCCUACGCUUAUUCGUGCUUUGCCUGUGAAUGCUGUUACAUUUUAUAUUUAUGAGGCAAUGAUCAAAUGGUUAAACGAUACACCAAAGUAA